AACGCCCGGCGUAGCCAGGAUUCAUGGUGAAAUGUGGAUGGAAAAAGUCCUUCAACUCUAUCAAAUUCAAAACAUACAUCACGGUCUCAUGAUGGUUGGACCUUCGGGUUCCGGUAAAUCGCUUGCAUGGCAAGUUCUCUUAGAAGCAUUAGGACGCGUGGGAGGCACCGAAGGUGUAUCGUAUGUAAUAGAUCCCAAGGCUGUUUCCAAGGACGCUCUCUACGGUACUUUGGAUCCAACCACUCGAGAGUGGACCGACGGUUUGUUUACCCAUAUUUUACGUAAGAUAAUUGAUAACGUUCGUGGAGAAAGUCUUAAGAGGCAUUGGAUUAUUUUUGACGGAGAUGUCGAUCCAGAGUGGGUGGAGAAUUUGAACUCCGUGUUGGAUGAUAAUAGAUUGCUUACUUUGCCAAAUGGAGAACGUCUUAGUCUUCCGGGAAAUGUUCGUAUCAUGUUCGAGGUGGAAAACCUGAAAUACGCAACUCUAGCCACUGUUAGUCGUUGUGGUAUGGAAGUGGUCACACUCAAAAUGAUCUACCACAAUUACUUGGAAAAUCUGAAAAACGUGCCAUUGGACGACAACGAGGAAGAAGGAUCUCCGAAUCGUAGAAUUGAAGGGUCGGAUGAUUCGGUCUCUCCUCAUCUUAACACACAACGAGACAUCGCCACCAUUCUUAGUCGACAUAUGAAUGACGAAGGAUUUGUCACAAAAGCCAUUUAUUAUGCCGAAAAAUUGGAACACAUUAUGGACUUCACUCACAUGCGUGUCUUAAACACCUUAUUCUCUUUGUUGAACAAGACAGUACGCAAUGUGAUUGAAUACAAUAAUAAUCAUCCUGAUUUCCCCAUGUCCGCCGACCACUUGGAAGGUUAUGUCACAAAACGCCUGGUGCUUGGUGUUAUCUGGAGUUUUUCAGGAGACGCUAAAUUGGAUUACCGCGGGAAACUAGGCGAUUUCAUUCGUGGAAUUACUACCAUCGAUCUACCACCCGCGCAAGCCGGCUCAUCUGUCAUUGAUUAUGAUGUUCAAAUUAAUAAUGGUGAAUGGACUUCGUGGACUGACAAAGUUCCAAAAAUUGAAAUCGAAACUCACACUGUAUCCGAAGCUGAUGUUGUUGUCCCUACUGUGGAUACAGUACGUCACGAAGAAGUACUGUACUCCUGGCUUUCUGAGCACAAGCCUCUUAUGCUCUGCGGUCCGCCAGGUUCCGGUAAAACAAUGACACUAUUUAGCGCCCUAAGAAAACUACCCGACAUGGAGGUAGUAGGCCUCAAUUUCUCCAGUGCCACCACCCCCGAAUUGAUUCUCAAAACCUUCGAACAAUACUGUGAAUACCGUAAAACACCAAAUGGGGUUAUCCUGUCGCCAAAUUCUAUUGGUCGUUGGAUUGUGGUAUUUUGUGACGAAAUCAAUUUGCCUGCCUGCGAUCAGUACGGCACUCAACGCGUGAUCUCAUUUUUAAGGCAGUUGGUCGAAUAUAAUGGUUAUUGGAGAGCCAGUGAUAAAUCAUGGGUUAAACUAGAACGCAUUCAAUUCGUUGGUGCCUGCAAUCCUCCAACUGAUCCUGGCCGAGUUCCAUUGACUCAUCGAUUCCUUCGUCACUCCCCGCUGGUUAUGGUAGAUUACCCUGGUGAAAUCUCUCUUAAUCAAAUUUACGGCACCUUCUCUCGGGCUAUGCUUAAAGUUGUUCCUGCGCUUCGAGCUUAUGCCGAACCACUUACCGCAGCAAUGGUGGAUCUUUAUCUGAUGUCACAAAAACGCUUUACUCCAGACAUUCAAGCACACUAUAUCUACUCCCCUCGUGAACUGACUCGAUGGAUGAGGGGUAUAUUUGAGGCCAUUAAACCUAUGGAGACGCUCUCUCUCGAGGGAUUAGUUCGUAUUUGGGCGCAUGAAGCUUUGCGAUUAUUCCAAGAUCGUCUUGUCACUGAAGAAGAAAGAAAAUGGACCGAUGAUACCAUUGACGCUAUAGCAAUGAAACAUUUCCCUAAUUUAAAUCAAAGCGAGGCUUUAGGACGUCCAAUUCUAUUCUCCAACUGGCUGAACAAGACGUAUAUUCCGGUGGAACGCGAGGAAUUGCGUGAAUACGUAAAAGCUCGCCUUAAAGUUUUCUACGAAGAAGAACUGGAUGUUCCAUUGGUAUUGUUCAACGAUGUCUUGGAUCACGUACUUCGCAUAGAUCGCGUGUUCAGGCAAAUGCAGGGACAUUUACUUUUGAUCGGUGUUAGUGGUUCAGGAAAAACUACGCUCUCUAGAUUUGUUGCUUGGAUGAACGGCUUAAACGUCUUCCAAAUUAAGGCUCACAAUAAAUACACUGGUGAUGACUUCGAUGAAGAUCUAAGAACAGUUUUAAGAAGGGCGGGUUGUAAGGGAGAAAAGAUCUGCUUCGUCAUGGAUGAAUCUAAUGUUCUUGAUUCCGGUUUUCUCGAACGCAUGAACACUCUACUUGCAAAUGCAGAAGUUCCUGGUCUCUUUGAGGGAGAUGAGUAUAGUACCUUGAUGACAAGUUGUAAAGAGGGUGCCCAAAGGGAUGGUUUAAUGUUGGAUUCUCCUGAGGAAUUGUACAAAUGGUUCACGCAACAAGUCAUGAAAAAUCUCCACGUCGUAUUCACCAUGAACCCGCCCGAGGGUGGCCUUGCUUCCCGAGCUGCCACAUCGCCAGCCUUGUUCAAUCGUUGUGUUUUGGACUGGUUUGGUGAUUGGUCCGACCAGGCUUUCUUCCAAGUCGGAAUGGAAUUUACUCAAAAUUUGGACUUGGAUCGAACAUCUUACAAUCCUCCGUCACAAUUUCCUACAGCUUAUCGUGGUCUGCCACCACAACCUUCACAUCGAUCUGCUGUCGUUAAUGCUUUUGUCUAUGUGCAUCAAAGUCUUUAUGAAAUUAACGCUAAGUUGAGUAAAAGACAGGGUCGCUAUAACUAUGUGACUCCACGUCACUAUCUAGACUUUAUUAAUCAUUACGUGCGUUUGUUCAAUGAGAAACGGGAAGAUCUCGAAGAACAACAACGUCAUUUAAAUGUCGGUCUAGACAAGUUGAGGGAAACAGUCAUCACCGUUGAUGAACUUCGUAAAAGUCUGGACAUCAAAAAUGCUGAACUUGCAGCAAAAGAAAUCGAAGCUAAUGAGAAAUUGAAGAAGAUGGUUGCCGAUCAAAGGGAGGCAGAACAACAAAAAGUUGCGUCCGAAGAACUUCAGGAGUCUCUUAAAGUUCAAACAAGUUUAAUCGACGAACGUCGAUCCGUUGUGUUAAAAGACCUGGCCAAUGCGGAACCAGCAGUUGAAGAAGCUAAAAGGAGUGUGCAAGGUAUUAACAGAAAGCAUCUUACGGAAGUACGUUCUAUGGCUAACCCUCCCGAGCCCGUGAAAAUGGCAAUGAGUUCGGUGUGUGUAUUGCUCGGUCAUCCAGCGGAUACUUGGAGGAUGGUUCAGGCGAUCAUAAAAAAGGAUGAUUUCAUUACUAGCAUCGUUCAAUUCGACACUGACGCCCGAAUGACCAAACCAAUGCGAGAAAAAAUGAAGAACGAUUAUCUCAACAAGCCGCAAUACAACUACGAAUUGGUCAACAGGGCAAGUAAGGCUUGUGGUCCAUUGGUCAAAUGGGUGAUCGCACAAGUUCAAUACUCGGAGAUCUUGGAUAGGGUUGGUCCGUUGCGUAAUGAGGUGAACGAACUGCAAAAUCAGCUAGAAGAAAUGAAGCUAAAAGCCACCAGUCUUGAACGAAUGAUUGAAGAUUUAGAAAACAAGAUAGCAGUUUAUAAAGAAGAGUAUGGAACUUUGAUUAGUCAAAAAGAAAACAUUAAACAAGAUAUGUUGAGCGUUAAGAAUAAAGUCGAUCGAAGUUUGACCCUUCUAUCAAGCUUAUCAUCUGAAAAGGAAAGAUGGGAAUCGGGAAGUCAAGCGUUUGAAACGCAAAUGGGAACAAUAGUUGGCGAUGUUCUACUUUCAGCGGCGUUCCUUGCUUAUGGAGGAUACUUUGAUCAACAAUAUCGUGAGAUCUUGCUAUACAAAUGGACGAACCAUCUUGUAAAUGCACUCAUUCAAUUUAAACAGGAAAUAUCGUUAACAGAAUAUCUAUCAUCGGCCGAUGAUCGUCUAUCUUGGCAGGCGAACUCACUUCCGGCAGAUGACCUUUGCACCGAGAAUGCUAUUAUGCUUAAACGUUUCAACAGGUACCCUCUGAUCAUCGACCCAUCUGGUCAGGCAACCGCGUUCCUGAUGAAUGAGUACAAGAGUAAAAAGAUCACUGUCACAAGUUUCUUGGACGAUUCUUUCAUAAAGAACUUGGAAAGUGCACUUCGUUUCGGAAAUCCGUUACUCAUUCAGGACGUCGAGCACCUCGAUCCUAUUUUAAAUGCCGUGCUUAAUAAGGAAUUGCGUCGUACUGGUGGCCGUGUAUUAAUCCGAUUGGGAGGUCAAGAUAUCGAUUUCUCCCCGUCAUUCACGCUUUAUCUUUCGACGCGCGAUCCAUCUGUAAACUUCCCUCCCGAUGUUUGUUCUCGUGUGACAUUUGUGAACUUUACGGUAACUCGUGGCAGUUUACAAAGUCAAUGCCUUAAUCAUGUACUAAAAGUGGAAAGACCUGAUACUGACAAGAAACGAACGGACCUCAUCAAACUCCAAGGCGAAUUCAAAUUGAAACUACGUCAUCUUGAAAAAGCAUUGUUGCAAGCCUUAAAUGAAUCCAAAGGAAAUAUUUUAGAUGACACAAAGGUUUUGGAUACACUAGAAACAUUAAAGAAGGAGGCCGCCGAUGUCACUCGCCAAGUGGAAGAAACUGAUAGCAUUAUGCAAGAGGUUGAGCAAGUCACCGCCCAAUAUACUCCUUUGGCUCAAGCUUGUAGUUCGGUUUUCUUCGUGAUGGAACAGAUGAACUUAUUACACCACUUCUAUCAGUUCUCACUCGAAUUCUUUUAUGAGAUUUUCCAAUACAUCCUUCACGGCAAUCCAAACCUUCAAGAUGUCACCGACAUUGCGGAAAGGUUGAGAAUUCUUAAGCGUGACUUGUUCUUUGUAACUUUCCGUCGCGUAUCACGAGCACUCUUACACGAAGAUCAUAUUACGUUCGCAAUUUUACUGUCACAAAUAAACAUUCGUGGUUCCACCGAUCAGGUGGAUGAAGCGGAAUUCGAUUUCUUAUUAAGUGGUGGUGAUGUCGUACCGGGAUCAAAGGUUUCAGCGAGAGAAUUGGGAUUAAGUGAUGGCCUCUUUGAUAAUGAGCAACUUUGCAAGAUUAAGGAAUUCUCAAAUCUUCCAUGUUUCUCCGAUCUCACCAGGAAGAUUUCCAACGACACCGAUGAAUGGAAAGAUUUUAUAGAAUCAGAUAACGCGGAGAAAUACGUACCAGAAUGUUGGGAAGGCUCAUUACCCGCCACUGUUAUACAAUUGCGCAAGACGUUAUUGGUGAAAUGCUUCCGUCCCGACAGACUAAUUUCAUCGGCUUCGGAGCUUGUUUCCAAGUCAAUCGAUCCGAAUUUCUUAAACCAGUCAGAGUUAGACUUAAAAGCAUUAGUUUUAGACGAAGUUCAUCCUACCACUCCUAUCGCGCUCUGCUCCGUACCCGGAUAUGAUGCUAGUUAUCGUGUCGAGAACCUGGUGGACGAAAUUAAUGUUCGUUGCACGUCUGUAGCCAUGGGAUCGCAAGAAGGAUUCAACUUGGCCGAUCAAGCUAUUGCCGCAUCAAUCAAGAAUGGCAAUUGGGUGCUAUUGAAAAACGUCCAUCUCGCUCCUUCUUGGCUUGGCCAAUUAGAAAAGAAAUUGCAUAGCAUGAAACCGCACUCAAACUUCCGACUAUUCUUAACCAUGGAAACAAAUCCAAAGGUCCCUGUUAACCUGCUAAGAAUGAGUCGAAUUCUUCUCUUCGAACCUCCACCAGGUAUUAAGGCUAAUCUCUUCGACUCUCUCAAGAGCAUUGCUCCUAGCCGCCUCGCAAAGGGACCUACCGAACGUGUUCGUCUUUACUUCAUGCUUUCGUGGUUGCACGCAGUCGUCCAAGAACGUCUACGUUAUGUACCUUUGGGUUGGACAAAAAUUUAUGAGUUUAACGAUUCCGAUCAAGACUUUGCAAUCAAUACCAUUGACGCAUGGUUGGAUUCAGUCGCUCAGGGCAGGUCUAAUAUUGCUCCCGAUAAAAUUCCUUGGGAGGCCAUUCGCACAUUAAUCUGUGUGGCGGGAUACGGAGGCCGUAUCGAUAAUGAAUUUGACAAACGUCUCCUGGAGUCAUUUGUGAAUGGAUUGUUCACCCCCGCUGCAUACGAUUUGGAAUUCCCUCUCGUCGACUCCAGCUCCAACAAUUUGAUUAUACCUGAAGGAAAUAAAAUGGUUAACUUCAUGGACUGGGUUAAUAACUUACCGGAGCGUGAACCCCCUAUAUGGUUAGGUUUACCAGGCAACGCAGAAAAGGUCUUGGCUACGUCAAAAGGUUAUGCAAUGCUCGUUAAAAUUAGAAAAAUGAAGAGCUUGGCCGAUGAUGAUGAAGCCGAACAUUCUCAGGAUUCAGGAAAACAAACCUCAGCGCAACCAGCAUGGAUGCGUGUCUUGUACACUACUGUCGACAAUUGGCUAAAGGCCUUGCCAGAGAAAAUCCCACAAAUGAACCGCACACCAGAAAGUAUCAAGAAUCCCUUGUUCCGAUUCUUUGAUCGUGAAAACUCAAUCGGUCGUAGUCUGCUUAAGAAGAUUCGCCAGGAUUUAGAAGACAUAAAGAAAGUGUGCGAUGGUGAACUAAAACAAACCAAUCAUUUGCGUAUGCUACUUAAUUGCUUGACCAAAGGAAUUAUACCGGAUCAUUGGAAAAAAUACAAGAUCCCUAAAACAAUUUCUCUUAAUCAUUGGAUUGCUGACUUUAAGAGUCGCUUACAGCAAAUUGAAGGCAUCACUAAAGAGGUCGAUUUUUCAAGCGUACAAGUUUGGCUUGGUGGACUUUUCAUGCCAGAAGCAUAUGUCACUGCUACACGUCAAUCAGUAGCUCAAGCACAUAAAUGGUCGUUGGAAGAACUGGCUCUGGAAAUUGAUUUGAACAAAUAUGGAGAUCCUGAUUCCUUUACAGUCUCUGGACUUAAACUAGCGGGUGCAAUUUUUAAAGACAACGAAAUUAAACUUGACACAAAUCCGUUAAACAAACUAGAGUUUUCACAAAUCAGAUGGGUUCUUAAGUCAAAGUCCGCUCCCGUCACUGACACAACCAUAAACCUUCCAGUUUACCUUAAUGAAGAUCGAAGUGAUUUGCUUUUUAUUAUUAAUGCAAACGCAAAACCUUCCGAGAAAAAUAAGGUCACUCAACGUG